CCCCGCUCAUCUCUCUUCCUCCUUCUCCCCAUCUUCCCGCCCGCUGUAUCAACAGCUGACGACCCUUUCCCCAUCCUGAACACCGACAACGCGUAACCCCCAUCCCUCUACCCGCUUAUCACCAUUACGUCUACUCUUAGAGCCCGUACCUCAACAUCCUUGUCGCCCUCGAACUCCGUCAGCGUCAGGAUGGCCCAACCCUCGUCGUCUCAUAGAGAGCGGGAGCGGGAGCGAGGAGAGCGCAGCAGCUCUUCCCGACACCACCACCAUCGCACCAUCUCAUCCACCACCCUUCUCCUCGUCCUCUCGCUCGUCCUCGCGGUCCUCGCGGUCAUGCUCUCUCUCCCGUCUUCGCAGACCCCCCGCGGAGAGGCCGCUACCACGGACCCGAACAGCCAAGGCUUCUGGGGCAUGCUUACCCCUCAACGCACCAAGGCCCUCAUUGCCCGCGAGAGCAACGUUGCCGUCCGUGAGGCCGAGGUCGCGCGUCGCGAAGCCGAGCUCCUCGCUGGCGCUCCCGGCGGUGUCAUCGCGACUCCCAGCCCUGUCAGCUGCCCUCCCUGCGCUGCGGUCGUCGAGAGGGUCCCUGAGCCAAUCCAAACUGUCAUCAAAGAAGUCGUGAAGGAGGAGUCCUUGACCCCGCCCGGGUGGUGGGAUCAAGCGCGUAUUCGCGCUGAAGAUAUCCUCGACCGUGAACUCAAGAUCGCCGAGCGCGAGCGCGAGAUCAGCCGGCGCGAGGAGGCGGUCAACAGGCGCGAGCACGACGCGUCUCGUCGCGAGACUUGGAUCAUGGAGCAGCUAGUUGCAUUGAAUAAUGAGGAGCCGAUUGUUGAAGAAGAAUACGUCCAGUACGAGCCGGCCAACGCAAGACGGAAACCCAAGAAUCCCUUCCACAACGCUGCCCCUUAUUAUGACUAUGAUACUCCCUACGAUGCUCCCUACAACGCUCUCCCGCCUCCGCUCGUUUUCACGGAGACGGCCGUUGAGGUAGCGGUCGAAACCAAGACUGUCACCCACACGCUUAACCAAGUCGUACCGACCCAAGUCAGUAACCCGCCACCUGCGAACACUCGUCGCGCCGCUUCACCCACUCCGCAAAUCGUCACCCCUUCGUCGUCCACUACGCACAUCCCUCGCACGACUGCCGUUGAGGUGGUUGUCGAGGAGCCUGUGAUCGUAGAACCGGAGAUCGAAGAGGAGCGCACCAUAACGGUGAAGCGGGGCCCACGCGCGCGACCCCCUGCCCGCUGGUGGGGAUGGUGAUUUGGUCCAUCGAUGCGAUGAGUUUCUGUUACGUGCGCUACGAGCAUUGACGUCUUGAUCUUCGCUGGACCUAUUUGUAUUCCCGCUUGAUAACCUUCCCCCUCUUUAUCGGGCAGUGUUUAUUUGCUUCGCUGCUGACAAGCUGUACUACCAUGCACUGGAUGUGCUCCAUCUACCUACCGAACCCCGCGCGAUACCUAGCUCCCUCUUGCUUCCCCUCCUAGACAUGACGCGACACGAUUACCUGAUGGAUGGAGGUCCACUCAGCACGGCAAUUCUAGUUUUCGCUCCUUCUAUUGUGGUAUUACUUGAUGACAAUGACGAGUGGGAUAGUGUAGUUUACUUACUAGGGCUACCUAGGAGUCCUCUGUGUCAAUACACUGUGCCUCGUAUGUCUGUUU